AUGUCAAUAUCAUGUCCGAAAUGCGGGAAAGUAUUCAGCAAGGAGUCCAGCAUCACUCGUCACCUCAGUCAGCCUCGAUCAUCGUGUCAUAGUUCUAUUUGUGACAUGGUGGACAUUUCUCAGUUUGCAGAGUCAAUUCUACAAUUAUGGCGGUCCCCCGAUCCAAUUCUUUACCAUUGUAUAAAUUUGGACGCAUACCCUUCGCAUUUCAAUGUCGACUUCUUCGAGACAGAGGGAGAGGAAUCCAUGAGUGCGGAGGAACAGUACAAAGAUGCAGGGACUCGUUACUCUCAAGACGGCCUGACGUUCUUGGAUCUUUUUGACGCGGACGAGUAUGCAGAAUACAGAAAGGAUAAUUUAUUCUAUCCUUUUGCAUCAAAAGAGGAAUGGGAAAUUGCUGAUUUUCUUCUUCGUUCUCCCCUUAGUAUGGCUGCAAUCAAUGAAUUUCUAGCGCUCCCAAUAGUGAGUGCUCUUCACGAAUGCUGGCGCUUUGAGAUCUUAUGGACUCACAACUUUGGAGCAUUUUCUCCUCGCAAUUCUCAAGUCUCUUAUCCUUCUCAUAUUUCUUAA